AUGAACAUUCCUCAAGAAGAAAUUGAAAGAUAUGCAGAUGACCCAUUAAAUUGGAGAUAUGAUAAAAUAAAAGAACGAAGAGAUGAAUAUUCAAUAAGAAAAGAUGUGAAUAUGUUAUUAGUAACAUAUAACAUUAAUGAAAAAAUAAUUAAAAAAGAAACAUUUGAAUAUAUUUUAGAAAUAAAAGAAUAUCAAAUUGAUAUGAUAUUUAUAGUUGUUGAAGAAAUAGAUAUGAGUGUUUCGGGAUUUCUUAAAGGAAAUACAUUAAGUUUAAAAGCAAGAAAUUUAGCACAAAAUAUUCAAGAAGCAUUAAAAAAUAUUUACAAAGAAGAAUAUAAACAAGUAUAUGUUUCACAAUUAGGAGGUGUUUGUAUAAUUGGAUUUGUUAGAAAAGAAAUGGAAAAUAAAAUAAAACAAUUUGCAAGUGGAUAUGAAGCAGUUGGAGCUAUGGGAAUGGCAAAUAAAGGGGGGAUUGCAAUUUCAUUUGAAAUGUAUGAUACAACUAUAUGUUUAGUAGGGUCACAUCUUGCAGCACAUCAACCUGAAAUUAAUAAAAGAAAUCGGAAUUUUAGUGAUAUUUAUAAUAAUAUUAAAUUAAUAAGAACUGAAGAAGGAGAACAAAGCAAAUGGAAUAAAAUUGAAGGACAUGAUAUUAUAUUUUGGAUGGGAGAUUUAAAUUAUAGAAUUGAUGAAGAAGAUAGUAUCAUUAGAGAAAGAAUUAAUAAAGGAAGUAUUACAGAAAUAAUAAAAGAAAAAGACCAAUUAAAAGUACAACAAAAACAUAAUGAAUUAUUAGGAAAAUUUAAAGAAGCAGAAAUUGAAUUUGAACCAACAUAUAAAUUUUAUCCAAAUACACAAAAUUAUUCAGAAAAAAGAAAACCAGCAUAUUGUGAUAGAAUAUUAUAUAAAGAAUGUAAAGGAUUAGAAAUUAAAUGUUUAAAAUAUAUAAGUAAAAAAGAAGCAAUUGAAUCAGAUCAUAAACCAGUUAUUGGAUGUUAUAGUGUUGAAACAAGAAGUAUUAUAAAAGAAAAAUAUACAUUAAUUGAAAAAGAACUUAUUGAAAUGGAAAAUAAACUACUUAGAAUUGUUAGACCAUCAGUUAAAAUUAAUAAACAAGAAUUUAUAGUAGAAAUUUAUCCAUAUAAACAAACUGAAGUUACAUUACUUGUUCAAAAUGAUGGAAAUGCUAAAACAUCAAUACUUUUUAGAGAUCAUCAAAUAGAAAAAGCUGGAGGAUAUCCAGAUUGGUUACAUAUUGAACCACAACAUUUAGAAAUAUCAAAAAAUGAUUUUGAACCUAAAAGUAUUACUUUCUAUUUUCAAUUCAAUUUUAUUGAUACAUCAAGUUUAUUUAAAAAUGGAUCUUUUGAUUAUAAUUUGAUUCUUGAAAUUCAAGGUGGAAAAAGUUUAUUUAUUACUUUUAAAUUAGUUUUAUUACAAACUUCAUUUGGUAAAUCUAUUGAUGACUUAAAUUUACAUCCUAAUGGUUAUAUUUUAUCUCAACCUCAAGCUUAUACUCCUUUAGUUAUUCCUAAAGAAAUUUGGAGACUUUGUGAUUAUGUACUUCCUUUUAUGCAUGACCCUACUUUUAUUUCUUUAUCACAUCCUUCAAUUGAUUAUGUUCCUAUUUAUUAUGAAAUAUUACAUUCUCUUGAUACUCAUUCUUCUUUUAAUCCUUCUUUAAAUUAUCAUCGUGUUUUAGAAUUCUUAUUAAUCUUUUUAGUAAAUCUUAAUGAUUCUAUUAUUCCUUCUUCUUUAUAUGAACAUGUUAUUUUAUCCGCUGAUAAACCUGAUGUUGAAAUAGAUAAAUUCUUUAUUAGAAACAAUGCUUCUAUUCCAAAUUCUCAUUAUAAUCUUUUUAUUUAUUUACUAUCUUUUAUUAAAGAAAUUCUUCGUCAAAAUUCUUCUCUUCAUCCAGAAGAUCUUAUCAAAUACUUUUCUUCUUCUUUUGUUCGUCCUAAAGAUGGUUUUCGUCGUCAAUGUGAUUCUAAAACUAUUGAACAAUUUCUCUUAAAAUUUAUUAAAAAAUGA